AUGUCGGGUUUCUCGUUCGGAUCCUCCGCUGGGUCCUCCUUCGCCUUCGCCCUCACCUCCCCCGCUUCUCUCUCCCCCUUCGCCGCCUCCUCCAACCCUAGCUUCUCCCCGGCUCCCGCUCCCUUCGGCUUCGCUCCCUCCUCUUCCUCUUCGUCGGCGUCCUCUGCUCCUGCAUUCUUCUCCGGAUUUGGCUCCGCUUCGGCGCCGACGCUCUUCGGUACGCCGUCGUCGGCCGCGUCCGGAGGAUCGUCGCCUUUAGGGAUGGUUCAGCCUGCGGCGAGCUCCGGUCUGGCGCCGUUCGUGUCCAGUUCUCCUUCGCCAUUGUUUAGCUCGUCGGCGAGCUCCGCUACUUCUCUGUUCCGUAUGCCUUUUCCUUCUUCCAGUGCGAGCUCAGGUUCGUCCUUGUUUGCGACGCCUCAAUCCUCGGCGAGUUCUGGCUCGUCCUUGUUUGGAGCGGCCACUUCUGGUUUGCCUCUGUUCGGGACGUCCUUGAGUACUAGCUCGACACUGUUUGGUGCGGCGUCAACGUCGUCAUCGACUUUGACUGCGACCGCCGCUCCGCCUUUGUUUGGGACGCCGUCGUCUUCCGUCGCUGCUUCUGGAGCCUCCUUGUUUGGAGGAACCGCUUCAGCGGCAAGUUCUGGUUCGCCUUCGUUUGGGACAGGUCUGUCCACGGCUUCUCCCCUGUUUGGCAUAACUGCGACCUCCGCGAGUCCGAGUUUGGCCGCCCCCGCCACUGCCGCCACCACCACAGCUACGUUGUUCGGAGGUUCUUCAUCAGCUUCAGCGACUACUCCUUCACUUUCUAACAUGUUUUCACCUAGUUCAGCCGCAACGUCAUCUCCUUUUUCUGCUUCUACGAGGUUUUCCUUUGCCAAACCCACCUCCAGCUCUAGUUCGCCUUCUUUAACACCCACUGAAACAUCCACAACAACCCCUACCUUCUCAUUUUUACCAUCUUCCUCAUCUUCGCAGUCCUCUUUCAGUGUUGUGUCGUCAGCCCCGCUCUCGACUACACCUUCCGCGAAGCCUACGUCCUUUUCUUUUGCCCCAUCUGCGGCGCCAUUGCUUUCUACUGUCACCACUACCACUAAUGCAUCGACUCCAUUCUCAGAUGUCGAGUUGGCUGAUCUAGACGCAGUCAACGAAAUCCUGAGAGUAACAAAACCAAGAUGUGAAGAGUCCCUCCCAUCUUGUUCUGAGUCUUCUGACCCAUCAACACCUGUGGCUGUCGAUGAAGAUAAGGCUAAAUGGGAGGAGUUAUACCAACUCACAAAAGGAGGAUACUCCCAGAUUGCUUCUAACUCAGCCCUCGAAGACAGAAUAAAAGAUCUGCUUGCUGAGUUGAGCUCUGCCAAAGAUGGCUUCACCAAGACUCCUGAAUUUCAGCAUGAAUGUGAAGAGUUUGCCACAUAUUUUGUGUAUGGCACUGAAGUCUAUAGAAGGAACUGCGACAAGAUUGAGUCGUCGGCAGCCGUUGAAGAAAAUUUCAACAAACUGGAAGGCCGGCUGACUGCAGGAAAGGAAACUUUGAGAGAACGUCGCAGUUCUUAUCAGGCUGCCGUUGACAGGAAGGCUGAGCUUACGGAGGAGAAAGGAAGACUCGAAGCACUUCUUGCUGAUGUUCAACGCCAGAUAGAAUCGAACCAACUUGAAAUUCAGCGUGAAGGGAUUUCUAUGCAGCAACAGCUUCGGGAGGUCGUUGCAACCAUGCAGGACUAUGAUCGACAACAAGCGGAAGUUGGCAGGCAUUUAUCCGUCAGAAGAGAAUGUGUCGCAACUAACAGGGCAUUGGAUGAACACCUUUCGAAUUUCAGGAGAAAUGUCAGAAGCCACUUGCUCCGGAAUCAUUGA